AUGUUGUUCAGGAAAUUGACUGUAAGCGCCGUUAUUGGCAUGGCUGUUGCGCAGGACUUGACCACCAUACUCGCGAAUACCCCCGAGCUGUCCAACCUGACCUCGUACCUCGCACUGUUUCCGGACCUCACGGCGAAACUGGCAUCGCUGCAGAACAUCACUGUCCUCGCACCCAACAACAAUGCUUUUGCGAGGCUGGCACACUCGUCGGCAGGAGCUGCCCUGGUUCAGAACGAUACCUCGGCGAUCCAAGCACUGUUGACCUACCACGUUUUAGAUGGAACCCACACCGAUUUUAGCGACAAGCAGUUCGUCCCUACUCUACUGCAACCACCUCAGUUCACCAAUGUGACUGGGGGUCAAGUUGUGGAAGCAACCUCCACCAAGAACCAGACUGCCUUUGUCUCAGGGUUGCUCAACAAUGCGAGUGUCAGCAGCGGCCCCGUCAACUUCACUGGUGGCGUGGUUCACAUUAUUGACGACGUCUUGACUGUCCCGCAAAGCAUUUCGGACACCGCAGCUCAACUCGAUCUCUCCGCUGCCACCGGAGCUCUCACCAGCGCGAAUCUGGUGACAACGGUCGACACUCUGUCUGAUGUGACUUUGUUCGUCCCCAACAACGAAGCUUUCGAGGCGAUCGGUUCCGCUCUGCCCAAUCUGACCACACAGGGCUUGUCGUCGAUCCUGCAGUAUCAUCUCGUUCAAGGUGUUGUCGGCUACAGCCCCCUGCUACAGAACGGCACGGUGAAAACGGUUCAGGGCAAAGACGUGACCAUCACCAUCGAGGAUGGGGAGGUCUUCGUCAACAGCGCACGCGUGGUUGUACCAGACGUGCUCGUCGCGAACGGCGUGGUUCACGUCAUUGACAAUGUGCUGAACCCCAACAAUACCACUGCGAGGCCCAACCCAUCCCAAGUGUCCGGCUCGCCUGCAUUCAGCGAUGUUAGCUCUGCCAGCAAUAUCCCCUUCACUUCUGGUGUGCCGACGCCAACUAGCACCAGUGCCAACCAGUCAGCCACAGGUGCGAGAGCGACAUCAAGUAGUAGUUCUGGAGCUGCGGCGCCUGCAAAUACCGGGGCAAUGGGUGCAGCGGCCUUAGUCGGCGGCGCUUUUCUAGUAUUAAACAUGUAG